AUGACUUGUCCUAACACCUCCAGCAUUGAGGGCGUCUGCUGCCCCACUGCGACAGCACACGGCUGGCCCACCCUGAUCGUCCGCACAACGAGCUCCAAGGACGUGAGGAUCGAGGGACGGCGUAAGGGCGGUGAGACGGAAGAGCGGUGGAAGGUCUUCGGCUGCCUCUGCUGCCAGUGCAAAGGUGUCAUCUGCAUGGUGAAGAACACCAAGCUGGUCCCUCACGUGCUGAUAAAAGGUCGCAAGGAAGUCGAUGUGAGGCUGUUCUUCUAUGACAAGAACAACCAACAGGUCCUCAUGCCAGACAUUUUGACACUUGCUCCACACGUGCCGCGUGUGUCGGGGAAGCGCAAGGGAGGAAGACGGCGGCAGCGGCAACGGCAACGCCAUGGCAACGGCAGCGGCAGCGCCAACGCCAACGCCAACGCCAACGCCAACGCCAACGCCAACGGCGACGUCGACGGCGACGGCGACGACGCUGGCGAGGUGGCCGAGUCAAGUGCGCAAGGGGCGAUGGCCUGGGCCCUCCAGAACCAGCAGCCAGUCGACCUGUCCACCCCAACCGACCCGGCUAUGGCCCCCGCCCUCCAGAACCAGGAGGCGUUGACUCUCGAGGAGUUGGAAUUUGUCCACGGGGACGAGUCCGGCAAUGGUCGCGCUCUUGCCGCCAUCAUGCACACCGAUCCACUAGUGAUGUCCGAGUACGAUGGCACACUUGCCCCCGGCAACACGACGACCGCCGCUCCGGUCUCCGACGACGCGUCCGACGACCAGCACUCGGACAGCAGCGGCUCUGCACUGUUAGCCGGCGGGGCCGAGCCAGCAUGGGGCCGCCGACAGUGA